GGCCCCGCGCGGCCCCGGGCCGGCCCGUGUGCGGCGUGGGGUGGGGGCGACGGUGACAAGGAGCAGCAGCAAAGUCCUUGUGUUGGCUUCGUUUAGGGUAAGCCCUUAAGAAGUGCCUUAAGAAACGCCCCUGCCGGGCGAAUCGCUGCCUGUGGGAGCGAUCGGGGCUGGCGAGUGGGUUUCUGAAGCGACCCCGCUUUGUUUUCUGUCGCUGCCACCAGGUGGCAACCGCGGAUUGCAGCCCCGCGCCUCUCACAGGAGAGCGGCGAGCAGCGCCCGGCCCUGCCCGGCUCCGCCGUGCUGCGUGAAAGGCAGCUUGGUCCGGAGAGGAGCCGUCUCAAUGGGACACUGACGGCCUGAAGCGCUCUUCUGAAGCCUUUCGGAGGGAAGCGAGAGUUGGGCUUUGCCCUGCAGCUUUCCUCCUCGCUGUGGUUUAUGGCUGCUGCCUAGACUGGGCCACUGAGCUUCUGUUCAGCAGCUGCUAGGCAAGCCCGAGCCAAAACAGCCUCUGCCUCAACUUGCAAGCUGUGCUCACAGUGUAAAAUAGGAUGUUCUUCCCCAUCGGCCUUCUUUAUGGUGAAGGUUUUGAACUGAAGCAGUGAGUGUCCUACCUGAAUCUAGCAAAGCAAAGUAAGGGAGGAGACUGCUCCAAACCUGAAGUGCUCGUCCCUUCGGUGCGGGGCACAGGGCUGAUGAGCUGCACUGCACCUGCUAGGCACUGGUAGGCAUGAGGUGACUGCUUUGUGAUGGCUGCCAUGAACUUCUCCAAGCCUUAAACCUCGCUCCUUGUAGGAGAUACAAGGAAGACUGUAAAGAGGAACCUGUCCCUGCCAAGACAACACACCGAGCGAGUGCUGUAGAAGCCCACUUGCUCUUGUGGUUCCCCUCCUUGAGCCCCCAGCUGUGUGGAACUAUAUAGAGCUCCAGCAUUCUUGCUCCUGCCUGCAGACUCUAUCACUACAAGUCUUGCAAUACUGAGGCUCUCUUUCCCUGCCGGUAUCAUGGCUCUUAAGGCUGUUUUGAGUGUCAGCAUAUAAAAGAGCCUUUAUCUCCCAAUUCUGCUAUUAAAGUGGAAUAAGCAGGAGUGACUCUUGCAGCUGUAAAGCUCCAAGUCGAGCCGACUCCUGGGUUGGCUCGGCAUCUUUUUCCCUCCCAGUGACUAAUCCUUAAAUUAAGCGAGGCUCCUUCCAAGCUGAGAGCACAGAGUACUUGUUCUUCCAAACCAUGUUCCUUUGCAGCGGCAGAAAACAGCUGAUGAAGCUGAAUCCCAAACCCUCACAGACGUCGGCGCUCUGCUUAGGCAGGAAUGGAUACGGCUGAUGUAUCUGCAGGGACACUUUGCCUUCCCAGCUGGUCCCUUCUGACUGCCGUGGGAGCCGUGUGCUGAUAGCAGGAGACCCCAGGGUGUCCCUGCUUAAUGGAGUGAAUGACAGGAGCCAGUGAUGGGGGAUGAGCUGCACAGCAGCCAGCACCUGGGGACAGAGCUGGCACUCGCUGAGCACUCGAAGAGACAGCCUUGUCUGGAACCACAGCACAGCUAUGGAAAUUAGUGUGUCUACUCUUUGAAACAGAGCACAGUGCUCUGCUGGAAUCAACAGCGUGACGUCGUGCUUUCAUUCCCUACCUGCUUUUAAACUGGAGGAUGUGGAGGAAUCCACUUGGAGUUGUUCACUGUGGGAAGUGAGAAGAAAGAGAUGGCAAUAGCCAGAAUCAGGAAAGAAAUGUUCUAUAAUUGCCUGCCAUUGCCUGUGCAGAUGGGCCAACCGGGGGCAGAGAGCUCAGCUCUCGUUCUGAUGGAACCACGCUAUACUCAUGCUUGUGUUCAUAAAGAUCUUUGCAAUCCAGAUGACAGCCUCACUCACUCUCCCGAGACGCUUCUGACCCCCUUCUGAGUUCAAGGUUUCUUCUGUGAAACCUCCAUGCUUUUCAUGCCAUUAGACUUAAAAAAAUAAAAAUAACACCACAUGAAACUGAUUACUUGGAGAUAUAUAUUCUGAGAAAUGAGCUCUCGUGGUGCAUAUCUGAGACCCUUUGUGCAAGGGAAACCCAGCAGUCCAUGCUUUGUUAAGGGAAGACUCCUCUUGCAUUUGUCCAGAACCAUUUUUAAACAGAAAGAUGCACAAAAUGAAUUGUUUGAGGGCAUUGUUUCUCAGAUGAGGAUUCUGAGAAGGCUUUUGUGUCUUGUGUAAUAAGAAGCUGCAAAGCUACUUACUCCUUUAUGCAUCUUUCUGAUGUGGGACUUGAUGCCAGCAUCAAAAUCCUGUCCUUUGCUGGGCCAAAAGAACCAUUGGCAGCUCUAUGAUGUUAAUUUCUGUGAGGCUAAGUGAUAAUUCAGGCAAAUUAGUGAAUCAGUCUCACACACUGCAGUGGCUCCUUCUAGAAAUGAAAUUCUUCAAUCCCGAACAUAUAUUUCUCCUAUCAAAACACUGGACGUGUGUUAGUGCCAGCAAGAAACGUGGCAAUGGGUUGGUUCUGUGCUGGUCUGUGGUUACCAGGACACAAGAAACCAGACCUUGGGUGUAGAGGUGCUUUGGGAACGUGCAAGAGCUACUUGCACAGAUGCUGUGCAGGUCUGCGUGAAGCUGAUUUUACUCUCAAAACUCAAGGUAAAAUGAAAAACCGUCUUUGGGAGAGCAGCUCCUGGGAGCUGUGAUGGAGCCCCGCGGAUCGCUGCUUCCCUAAGGCUCAGCCCAGCCUGGAGCUGGGUGGCUUUGCUGCGAGGAUGGAAGUGCUGCGCCGCUCGUCCGUCUUUGCUGCAGAGGUGAUGGAGGUGUUCGACAGGUCUCCCACUGACAAGGAGCUUGUGUCCCAAGCCAAGGCUCUCUGCAGGGACUACAUCAACUCCAGGCUGAUCCGUGCAGGCGUCAGCUGGAGCAAACCUGAGCACAAUACCCCGGUGCCUGGAGGCAAGCUGGCUGAGGUGUCUGCCAUCCUGCUGCGCCUGGGGGAUGAGCUGGAAUACAUUCGCCCCAACGUCUACCGCAACAUCGCCCGCCAGCUGAACAUCUCGCUGCACUCGGAGACGGUGGUGACGGAUGCUUUCCUGGCCGUGGCUGCGCAGAUCUUCACUGCAGGCAUAACAUGGGGCAAGGUGGUGUCUCUCUAUGCCGUGGCAGCGGGGCUGGCAGUGGACUGCGUGCGGCACGCACAGCCAGCCAUGGUCCACACCAUCGUGGACUGCCUGGGAGAGUUUGUCCGCAAGACCUUGGUGACGUGGCUGAAGAGGCGAGGAGGCUGGGCAGACAUCACCAAGUGCGUGGUGAGCACCGACCCCAGUCUCCGUUCCCACUGGCUCGUGGCCGCCGUCUGCAGCUUUGGGCACUUCCUCAAGGCCAUCUUCUUUGUGCUGCUGCCCGAGAGAUGAGCCCCACCGCCCUGUGCCCCAUUUCCUCCCCCGCUCCAGAAGCAGUGGCCGUGGGCUCUGAAGAGGAGGAAGAGAAGAACUGGUACAGACACAACUUGUUCUCCUCUCCCUUAGCUGGUGGCAGCUGAUGGACUUCAUUCUCCCUUGAUGGCCACAGGAGCCUCUCCCACCGUUCCUGUCCUAGAAGCCCCGUUUCCCAUGGGGACCAGAGGAGGAAGGAGCUAUGAUUUGAAACGGAAUGGAAAGAAGAGAGGGGGAGCAGCCCUCCCUCACUGCAUGCAAUCCUCUUUCAGUCUUCAGACUCACAUUGUGUCACUUCUUGUUAGUGUGUUUUGCUAAGACUCCAUCUUCUCCUCACUCCCUGGCUCUGCGUCAUUGGGCUCUCCCUACAGCACAGCGUGGCAGAGGGCACCGUGCUGUGAUUGGAUUUGCAUGGGAUGAAACCAAAUGUACCACCAUCAGAUGUUUCCCCCUCCGACCUGCCUUGGGAAAUGCAUUUUGUGGUGUGUGUGCAGGGCAGCUGCAUGGGAUGCAGUUUGCAAGGGCGCUGCUCUGACCUCCUACUGAGCCCACAUGCAUCACAUCAAACAAGGGACUGAGCAACAACUCAGGUUGGAAUUUUGCAGUGAAGAUGAAGCUCAAUGUGUAAGUGGGACAGGUGAGAUGAGGGAAGCAGUAAGUGAGCUGCCUGGUGUUACGAAGGGGGAAAGCUGUGUCAAAAGCAACUGUUUUAUAUUUCUCCCUUAUUGUCUUCAGGAGUACAGCCUAUAGUCCUCUUUGUAUUGAACAAUAAAAGAAAGUAGGUGUUGUUUCGUUAUUGUAAA